AUGCCCGUGCGGAAGCAAGACACGCAGCGCGCCCUGCGCCUCCUCGAGGAGUAUCGCGCCCGUCUGCGCCGCGCCGAGGACCGCCCGCUGCGGAGCUCCAUCGAGCGCGUCAUCGGCAUCUUCCAGAGCAACCUCUUCCAGGCGCUCAUAGAUAUUCAAGAAUUUUAUGAAGUGACCUUACUGGACAAUCCAAAAUGUAUUGAUCACUCUCAGCCCUCUGAACCAAUACAGCCUGUGAAUACUUGGGACUUUUCCAGCCUUCCCAGCACAACAGUGACAUCAGAAACACUGCCAAGCAGCCUUAGCCCGAGUGUAGAGAAGUACCGCUACCAGGAUGAGGACACGCCGCCCCAGGAGCACAGCUCCCCRCACAUGGGCAAUGAGGUGACGGGUCCCGAGCUUGUUCACGUGUCUGAGAAGAACCUGUCGCAGAUCGAGAAUGUACAUGGAUUUGUUUCUCACUCUCAUAUUUCACCAGUAAAGCCCACAGAAGCUGUUCCUUCCUCUACUCCCAUUGUCCCUGUGAUCCCUGUCCCUCCAGUCCCUGCCGAGACCACUGUCAUCCCAUCCACCAUAUCACAGGCAAAUCCCCCUCCAGUACUGGUGAAUACAGAUUCCUUGGACUCUUCAACAUAUGUCAAUGGCACAGAUGCAGAUUAUGAGUAUGAAGAAAUUACUCUCGAAAGGGGAAAUUCAGGACUUGGCUUUAGCAUUGCAGGUGGAACAGAUAACCCACAUAUUGGGGAUGAUGCAAGUAUUUUCAUUACAAAAAUUAUAGCUGGAGGUGCAGCUGCUCAGGAUGGAAGAUUACGGGUUAAUGAUUGUAUCCUACGAGUGAACGAGGUGGAUGUUCGUGAUGUGACGCACAGCAAAGCAGUUGAAGCCUUGAAAGAAGCAGGAUCAAUUGUACGACUGUAUGUUAAAAGAAGAAAACCAGUCACGGAAAAAAUAGUGGAAAUAAAACUUGUAAAAGGCCCUAAAGGUCUUGGUUUCAGUAUUGCUGGUGGUGUAGGAAAUCAACAUAUACCUGGAGACAACAGCAUCUAUGUAACCAAAAUCAUAGAGGGAGGAGCGGCCCAUAAAGAUGGCAAACUUCAGAUUGGAGACAAACUUUUAGCUGUGAACAGUGUUUGCUUAGAAGAAGUUACUCAUGAAGAAGCAGUGACUGCCUUAAAAAACACAUCUGACUUUGUUUAUCUGAAAGUUGCAAAGCCCACCAGCAUGUUCAUGAAUGAUAGUUAUGCCCCUCCAGACAUCACAAACUCCUACUCUCAGCCUGUGGACAACCACAUCGCGUCGUCCGCCUACCUGGGGCAGCCGCUGCCGCCGGCGUCGCCGGGCCGCUACUCGCCCGUCCCCAAGGGCAUGCUGGGGGACGACGAGAUUACCAGGGAGCCUAGGAAAGUUGUCCUGCAUCGAGGAUCAACAGGUCUUGGUUUCAACAUUGUUGGAGGAGAAGAUGGAGAAGGAAUUUUCAUCUCUUUCAUCCUUGCUGGAGGACCUGCUGACCUGAGUGGAGAGCUUAGGAAAGGAGAUCGUAUAAUUUCAGUGAAUGGGGUAGACCUUAAAGCAGCAACCCAUGAGCAAGCAGCAGCAGCCCUGAAGAAUGCAGGCCAAGCAGUAACUAUUGUUGCUCAGUACCGUCCAGAAGAAUACAGUCGUUUUGAAGCUAAAAUACAUGAUUUACGGGAGCAAAUGAUGAACAGUAGCAUUAGUUCCGGGUCAGGAUCAUUGCGAACCAGCCAGAAGAGAUCGCUUUAUGUCAGAGCUCUCUUUGAUUAUGACAAGACUAAAGACAGUGGCCUUCCGAGUCAAGGACUGAACUUUAAAUUUGGCGAUAUUCUCCAUGUCAUUAAUGCUUCUGAUGAUGAAUGGUGGCAGGCGCGGCAGGUAACUCCAGAUGGCGAAAGUGAUGAAAUUGGAGUGAUCCCAAGCAAACGCAGAGUUGAGAAAAAAGAACGAGCCCGGUUAAAGACAGUGAAAUUCAAUUCCAAGACAAGAGGAGAUAAAGGGCAGUCAUUCAAUGACAAGCGUAAAAAGAACCUCUUUUCCCGAAAAUUCCCCUUCUACAAGAACAAGGACCAGAGUGAGCAGGAAACCAGUGAUAUUGACCAGCAUGUAACCUCUAAUGCCAGCGAUAGUGAAAGUAGUUACCGCGGCCAAGAGGAAUAUGUGUUGUCAUAUGAACCGGUCAAUCAACAAGAAGUCAAUUAUACUCGACCUGUGAUUGUUUUGGGACCCAUGAAAGACAGGAUAAAUGAUGAUCUGAUCUCAGAAUUUCCAGACAAAUUUGGCUCAUGUGUUCCACAUACUACAAGACCAAAGCGAGAUUAUGAGGUGGAUGGACGUGAUUACCAUUUUGUCACUUCUCGAGAGCAAAUGGAGAAGGAUAUUCAGGAUCACAAAUUCAUUGAAGCUGGCCAGUACAAUAAUCAUCUGUAUGGAACAAGUGUGCAAUCAGUGCGAGAAGUAGCAGAAAAGGGUAAACAUUGCAUUCUUGAUGUUUCUGGUAAUGCGAUCAAGAGGUUGCAGAUUGCCCAGCUGUACCCCAUCUCCAUCUUUAUUAAACCCAAAACAGUGGAAAACAUCAUGGAAAUGAAUAAACGCUUAACAGAAGACCAAGCCAAGAAGACAUUUGAGAGAGCCAUGAAACUGGAACAAGAAUUUACCGAACACUUCACAGCUAUUGUCCAAGGAGACACCCUGGAAGAGAUCUACAACCAAGUGAAACAGAUCAUAGAGGAACAGUCUGGCCCUUACAUCUGGGUUCCAGCAAAGGAAAAAUUAUGAAAACAGAUUUUUAUUUUUCAUUUUCUAACUGACAUCCACUACUACAUCUGACAACUCUUAAGCCCUUCCAGCGGAGCCUGCCUCUCUAGUUCUCUCCAGCGUGGUUCCUGUCCUAACCAUCGCGAUCUGCAGUUCCCGUAACGCUUACAUCUGGUGUCUCUCUUAGUUCAGAUAAUUCGUAUUAUUGUGUGUUGUUGGUUUGCCAUUUUUCAAACAAGACAGCGGAAUGGCCUGRCCAGCUGUUAGUUUGGGGUGGGUCGGGGGGUGGGGAAUUACUUGAUAAAAUUCCUUAAUGUUUAAGGGAGAGUAACUUUCAGAGAUUUUUCAAAAAAGCUUUAUAGACAUUCUUUUAAAAUUUCAUAACAAUUGAAAGAAGAGUGGUACUCACGGAAGUUGUGAAUCAUGAGCCACUUACGCUUACCUUUAAUAGCAUGGUUCGGUCUGGGCAAUCAGUUUCAGGGUUGAUUUUUGGAGUUAAAUUUCUUUUUGUCACCAUAUUUUUUUUUUCCAGGCAGUUAAAGAGAAACUUUAAAAUUUUGAGUUUGCAUUUUCAUUAACUCCCAUUACUACUUCUCAAGGGAUAUUCAUUUUCAUGAUUUCAUAUGGAUAUUCUUAUAAUCUAUUUUUUCAUUUUUUUGCCAAUAAAAUUGCUAGGGAUAAAGAUGUGUAACGUUUUUAAUCUUCCUUGUGCAACACUAUUUAUAGUGUCUUACAAAAAUUGUUUAUAGAUAAUGGGCAUCACACUUUUUGAGCCUGAAAUAUGUUUAGGUGCUAGGAAACCUUGUAUUUACAAGAGAAUGCCAAGUUUCCAUUGGCAGUAAUACAGAAAACAGCUGCAGAGAUGGUCUUUAGGGCAAUGAGAGUGUGAUUCGUAGCCUAAAAAUGUGUGUGUUCUUAGGGGGUCAGAUUUUAAUGAAUAUUUUACCCACAAUAACUGCCUAUUUUGUUAUAAUAAAUAUAUAUAUAUAUUAAACUUUCUUUAACUAAACUCUGUAACUAUGGGAAUUAUUUUCUUUACAUAGUUGCACACACGUAUAAAUAUAUAUAUAUAAAAAUAUAUAUUUUUCUUUUACCACCUACUCCUAGCUUUUUUUUUUUUUUUUUUUUUUUUUUUUUUGGAUAAAAAUGCAGAUUAGAAUUUACCUUCCUUAAUCACAUGAAAUUAAGUGGGCUGUGGUGGCUGGGCAAAAAAAGUCCAGGGACUAUUAGUUAAAAGAAAAAAAAAAUGUGCAAGUUCUCCUCUUUUCUACAAAAUUUCAGAUGUUUGUACUUUUUUCUUGUAAUAUGCAUGUUUUAACCGAAGGGAGAAGUCAGACGCAGCAGUACAUUUUAUUUUUCUGUGCUUGUUCAUGGAUUGCAUAGGUACAAAAUCUUCCAUUUGCGAAGCACAGACUUCUGUGCYGAAUGUUAUAAAUAAGUUGUAGCAAAAUGUGGAACCAACUUCAGUUAAUGAAACUCUUAAUCCCGUAUUAUUUGGUACCUGCCAUGGCUUAUUUCACACUGGUUGUUGUAAGAGGGAUGUACUCAUUGACAGCCACGGUGCUGUCACGCAACCAAAUUAGC